AUCCAUUUCAUAGCACCAUUCAAUCAGGUCAUCCAACCUGGAUCAUUGCCCGACUCAAUCACAAUCAUGGACCUUGACAACACAUUCGACCAACCACUGGACAUUGGUGCAUUGCCAAAUUCACUGCGACACCUCCUGAUCAGAGGUUCCUACUUAUAUGAUUUGAAGCCUGGUGUGCUGCCACAGUCGUUGACAACGCUCGAGUGUCGUGGAGCGAUCAAUGUGGAGAUCAUGGAGGGAUCACUUCCACAAUCACUAGAAACACUGGUACUAUGUGGAUUCAACAGGGACAUCACACCCGGACUGCUUCCAAAGUCCUUGACAUAUCUGAUGCUGUCAUCCUUUGAUCAUGAACUGCAUCCUGGUUCGCUGUCAUCAUCACUUACCUCACUGACAUUGGGCGAUUCAUUCAACAGAGUGAUCCAGCGUGGUGUACUACUACCAGAAUCACUUACUGAACUCUCAUUCGAGUCAACAUUCAAUCAAACAAUAUUGCCAGACUCCCUUCCGUCAUCACUCAACUCACUCAAUCUCAGCUCCGACUUCAACCAACCAUUAUUGCCACGGGCGCUACCACAUUCACUCAAGAGUCUAUUAUUUGCAUUCAGCUACAACCAAGAGUUCAAGCCCAAUGUGUUACCAUCGUCGUUGACCGAACUAUUCUUGGGCGAGUCAUUCGAUCGACCUCUCCCAGCUCAUGUGCUCCCCUCGUCGCUGACCAUGCUCACACUUCAAUGUGAGAGGUAUGAGCAGGAGUUGAUCCUGCCACCAUCUGUACAUACACUGCACACAUGCCAAGCAAUCCCAUCGCCAUCAGUACCAUCAGCACUCCAACGUCUCCAGAUAUAUGGUGAUGAUCGUGACCUUGACCCUAGGAUAUUGCCACAAUCAAUCAGACAUCUGCUUGUUGAAGGAUGCCUGUUGCAACCUGGACCCCUGCCACCAUCGAUCACUCUAUUGAACAUAUGCUCACAUGAACCUAUAACCUUUGAUAUUGGAAGUCUACCAGCAUCGCUUACCACCUUGUUUGUGAACCGUACAACAACCGAGCCAUUCUCAGUAGGCUGUCUUCCAACUCGUCUCACCACAUUGAAGAUUGUAGGUGGAUGCAAUCAACGAAUGCUCCCUGGAUACCUACCCCAGUCACUCACCAAGCUGGCCAUUGGCAGCUCCCAAUACAAUCCAUUCACGGAUGGCAGUAUCCCCGAAUCACUAGUGGAUCUCACAUGUCGGAAUUGGAACCUGGAGACUGGACAGGUGAUUCGUGCAAGUUCACUCCAAUCACUACAAUCUAGUGUCGAAUACACAAGUCAUCUACCAGUCUCAAUCAAGGACUUUCAUAUCCUCGAGUUAGUGGAUAGAUACAGUUUUGAAAAGGUCAUCAUCGGACUGCCAUCAGACGUCAGACAGCUUCAAAAAGUGACAGUGCGCGUAAAAGAUGAAGAUACAUUGUUCAGGCUGAUGGUGGCCAUUCCAAAUGUCCAGGAGAUAAUAAUGACGAUGGGAUUCUCUCAAUGGCGUGUUAGGCCCAUUGAUCCAGCUAAAGGGUUGGCAUUGAUCAUCGUAGAGGAAGAGUUCAAAGGUUAUGGUGGCUAUGUCCUAUCAUUCUCCAUUAGAAACCAAGUACAACAACAUCAUCAUCAUAAUCCGGGUGUAACACGUUGGGCCUUCAUCAAACGAUCAAAC